AUUAUUAUUAUUAUUAUUAUUUACUUAAUUUUUCCUUUCAGUUCAAAGUCUAAUAGAUAUAUAAAAACAGAUUUCAAUUUCAGUUAUGGUUUCCAACUUUUAACAGAGUAACUCUAUCAAAUGUUUAUACUCCCAUUUGAUUUGGUUAUAGGUAAAAUCUUAUUUAUUAUUUUUGCUGUUGUAUAGCACCCCAAAUUUUUCAUCUAAAUCAAAAAACACUUUUAUUUCCUCUUCUAGUAUAUGUAUUAAUGAAUAAAUCACGUAUAAUGUUUAUAAUAAAUCAAUUUAUUUUUAAUAUCUUUAUGAUUAUAAUUGCCUUCAAUUUGUAUGGGUAAAAUCCACUAGUGUUUUGAAAAGUAUCGUCAAACAUCCCAGCCGCAAUACUUAAUCACCACAAACGCGGUUGUUCAGAAUUUUCAACAAAUAUGAUAUCAAAUCAUGUCCUUUCAACAGGUAUUACUUGACCUUAGACUAGACAAUUAGAACAAAGCAAUGUCACAUAAGAGCAAGUCAUCUACUCCAGCAGUGGUGAAUGAUAGUCAUCCAGCGUUGAGUUUGAAAUUGGGGCCAGGAUUUCUGGAUCAAAUUCAAUCAUUAAUCAAAUUACAUCCUAUAAUCUUACAAAAUCAAGAAUCAGAUAAAUAUGAAACUCCAGAAUUAGUAAGUUUAAGAACUAGUUAUAAGUAUAUCUACGUUAUAAAUUGGUUAUACAAUUGUCGUGGAUUCAUAAAAUUACAAUCAGAAUACUUUGAUGUUGAUAUUUUCGAAUUGGAACUUUUGAAUUACUUUCCUAUUGUUAAUUCUUCAAGUUAUGAUCAAGAUAGUACUAGUAAAGAUAAUCAAUUGUUCAUUCAGAAAUUGAAAUUGAACUUGAUUUCAAGCUUACAGAAUUCAAAAUUAUCCUCCCUUAAUAAUUUUGAAAAGAUUUUUAAACUAUGGUUUGGAAAUCAAACUCCAUUAGGUGGAGCUGAUGAAGAAGAUGAUGAUGACGUAGAAGAUCAAGAAGGUAAAGUUCAUAUUGUUCAUGAUGAAGAACAUGAAAUCAAAUUCGAUGAAUUAAACAUAUCAGAUAAGUUUGAAAUCCUCUUUAUAUUAAUAUCUACUAUUUCUAACUAUACUAAAUUUAGAGAUUGGAUUGAUAAAAAUAAUCUUACAGUUGAUGGACUUCGACUCAAUGCUAUCUAUAGUCAUCCAUUACAUUCAAAUGGAUCUGAAGAUUAUUUCUUAUUAUUUGAAAAUAACAGCUUGUAUAAGAGAACCAUUCGUUAUAAUUCAUUAGUUAUUCCAAAAAAGAGAAAAUUAUCUCCUGAAGAUCCCAAUGCAACGUUUAAACCAAGUCAAUUCGAUAUUGAAGUUAAAGAUGUUAAGUUUGAAUUAUUAUUUAAGAACAUUUAUGAAUACAAUACUUAUAUUAAAUCAUUAUCCAAUAAAAAAUUAAAACCACUUAUAACAAAAUCAACCAUAAUUGAAACUAUGCUUGGAAAUGAAAUUAAAAAGAGAAGAUAUCUCGCUAAUAAAAAGAAAGAAGUUCAAUUACUUUCAUUAUUAUCAACUCGUAAGAGAUCAUUAAGAUUAGAAAUUAAAGAAAAGCAAAAACAAGAAGAAUUUGAAAAACAAAAAUUACAAGAAGAAUAUGAAUUAAAAUUAGCUGCUCAAAAGAGAUUAGAAAGAAGAAGAACAAGAUUAACUGAAACUAUCAUUAAUGGUGAUGGUCAAGAAUUAACUGAUUAUGGUCAUGGAUAUUCAAGAGAUGAAAGAUUGAAAUUGAGAAGAGUUGGGACUCCGGUUUUUACUCCAACUCCUGAAGUACCUGAUGAAGUAAUUGAAGUUGAAGAUGAAGUCAAGGACGAAGUCAAAGAUGAGAGUAAAGAAGAAGACGUUAAAGUUGAUGAAGAAGCUGUUGAAGUGAUCGUGGAAGAAGUUGUUGAAAACAACGACAACGAACCUAUAGUGGAGAACUUUGUUUCCGAAGAUGAAAAGGAAGAAGUCGAUACCAAAGUUGAAGAAGCAGUUAUCGAGAUUGAUUAAUGGACUUUUAUAAAAUUACAUUUCUGCAU